GUCGGCAACACAUCAAAAUAACACCACAAAUUCAAUCCAACCACCACUUGCUAAAUAAUGGCUUGGCUUCGUUAAGUUUUCAAUACUUUUAUUCAUUAUGACAUUUCGUUAAGACUAGGACGCCAUUUUGGGUUGAAGUAAUUGGAAAACUGAAGCGACUCCUGUGUUUUCGAUUUCGAUCAAAAAUACAAAAAUAUAUUAUUUAUUUUUUUUAAUAAAUUUACAAACAUCAAAUUAGUUUAGUUUACAUUUAGAGCUGUUGAGGAAAAACAAAUAUUUCUUAAUUCUUGCAGACGUGUUUUAAAGAAUUUCUAAUUCAAGCGUUAAAAGUGCACAAUAAGAAAAAAGAAGUAAUAAAAAGAAGAAAGCUUUCAUUUCGGUGCAUUGUCAAAUUCCAUUUGUGGAGAAAUUAUAUUUUUGUUCUCUCGCGUUUGUCGUAAUUUUGUUGGCGCUGCGAGGUGUAAAUAAACAUCAAGUUUUGUAACAUUAACUUUUUAGGUGAAUACAUUGAAUGAGCAUAGAACUGAUUGGCGUUCAAAGCUACGCGAUGGGUGAAAUAAAAUCUGUCAAAGUAGACAACUGGGGGGUAUUCUUCUUACAAAAGUUACAGAAUUUCUUCAAUAAGACCGAUUUCUGUGACUUGACAUUACAAUUUCGUGAUAAUUCUCAGUUAAAAGUGCAUCGUCUGGUUUUGAGUGCUUGUACGGAUUUUUUCAAUGUUCUGGAACAGACAUGCGAACUUAUGGACGAUGCAUUGGUUAUGCCAGCGGAAUUACAAGCCGAUGUGGUUGUGCCGAUUGUCAAUUUUAUGUACACCGGAACUCUGGAAUUCGAGUUGAAAAUGUAUGGCAAACUUUUGAAGACCGCCAAAGAAAUGAACAUGACUGUACUGUUGAAAUUGCUGGAAGCACAUAAGCGUACUAUGGAAAUUUCAAGGACGGCUCCUAGCAAGGUUGCCAACCAAAUGAUAAAGAAAAAAAGUAUUCCAAUCAACGCCGCUCCAAAGCUUCUCCAAUCGCCACAGUCGUCUGUAAAUUCAACACAACAACCUCAACAACGUUUGCAACAUACAACAAUACAUACAAACACAACACCAAAGCGAGGUAUUAUGAGACAAAUGCAAGAUAGAAUCACCUAUAAGCCUGCACCAAACACAUUACUACGGGUUCCUCCGAAAUUACAACGUGGUCCAAUUCGUUUUGAAGAACCCAAUUCUCAGGCAGAAACUUAUGAGUCAUCAUUCGAUUCUAUUUCAUAUGAAAGCAAACCAUUGAAAGAGGAGCCAGAAGAUUAUAUAGAUAUGCAGUCAUCUUCACAAUGGAAUCGUUCAUCACCAUUUGAACAAUUGCGCAAAGGUUUCAAUAAUAAUAAAAGACCAGCAGUGGCGACAUUUACCUCGCCACCAGCCAAGAAACCAAACAUUGAAGAUGUUAAGGAAUUUUCAGAGCAACAAAGAAUGAGAAAACAAAUCGCUGCUGAAUUUGGCGACGAUGCUGAAUUUGAUAGUAUUAUGGAUGAUGAGUUUCAUCAUGAUGAUGACGAUGAAGAACCUUUGAGUGUUAAUCCCUCUCCAUCCUCAUCGUCUGUAUUAGUCAAACAACAACAGCAACAACAACAACAGCUGCAGCAACAAAAUCAACACUCAUCAAUUAUCAUCAAACAAUCGCCAAAUGAGAAACCAACAAUUGUUGUUAAAGACAGUUCUAACUCUAAAAUGGAUCAUGCUAAAAUUAUAAGUGAAGUUCUUCGUCAAUAUCCACAUUUGGUGAAAAGUAACAAAAACAUCAAAUUAAAAAUAAUGCCAAAUAUUGGCGGACAAUCACAAAAGAUUAUUGUGAAAAAGGAAGCAAUUGAAAAUAUAUCAUCGGGAUUGGAACAAUCUAACGAAACAGAAAAAUUGCAAACUUUACAGCAACCAUCUGGAUCGCAAAAGGCACAAACGAUUAUAAAGAAACCAUUAAGGGCAUACCCAAGUGCUGUUAAAGUUGAGACUCAAACUAAAGCUGCACAAAUAAUUCCGGCGAAGAAUUCAAAUGACGUUAAGACAGCACCUAGUGCUGCACCACAAAAGCGUAGGAUUGAUAGCAAAACAAUGCAUGCGCUGAUUGCACAAGGCGCUGAAAACACAACAGGUCCUUGGCUUUGUCUACGUUGUGGUGUUAAUGGUCGACCUAUAAGUAUUCCAUCGUAUCGUGGAUUCCGUCGUCAUUUGAUCAAUACACACAAGGAAACUAUUGAUGCAGCACUUUGCGAAUAUUGUGGUUGGCGUUCAAAGACUAAUCGUGAGCUUCAUCAUCACAUGUUGACAGACCAUAAAGUUGCCUCUCUCCUUUAUACAUUUCCCGAAUGUAAGGAAUGCAAUAAGAUUUGCUUGAGUGAAAAUGAUUUGCAACUUCAUGGUGAACAAUAUCAUCCCGAUUCACACAAACAACAAUGCAUCUAUUGCAAUAAGGUCUUCGUUAAAGAAAUGAAUCUUUAUACACAUAUGAAGACAUUCCACAAGAAACGUGCCCGUGAAGAUGGUGUUAUUGACUUUUCAGACGAAGAAAUGGAUGAAGAACUCGAAGCGAACUCCUCAGAUGCAAAAAUCAAAAUCCUCUCAGACAUUGCCUUGCCCAGUACAUUAUUGAAUCUAGAGGAACAUCAACCGACAGUUGAAGAAGAAGAAUACGCAAAUGACAGCGGACCGAAGUUUGUCAAUGCGGAUGGUAAUGAAAUGCUUCUUACCGCCGAACAGAGAGAAGAAAUAAUGUCCCAAUUGGAUCAGGAUCAUGACGGUGGUGUUGUAAUGGUUUUGAAUGAGAGCGUCUUUCCGCCAGAUGAAGGCACAGAAGUUGCUGAAAAUGAUAUAAAACUAAAGGUGGAAGCGAGGGAUGCAGAGAGAGAUACUGAUGAGUUUGUCGAUCCAAACACUGAAUUUUUAUCGACAGCUGAUGCUGCGGAAGAAGAAGAAGCCAAUAAAGUCGAUGAAGAUGAGAGGUUGCAAGAACAUCAUGAAUCUGAUAAUGACGAACGUUUGGACGAUGAGGAUCAUAUGGAAUGGGCUGAGAAUUUAAUUUCUGCUCAUGAUGCAGAUGAUGAUGAACAAAUGGAAGAUGACAAAAACAAUGAUGACAUCGAGACAGACGACGAUGAAGGAACUGAAAAAGAUGUUAAUGAAGAGAACAAGAUCAAAGAAGAAAUUAUUUCACCAACAAAAUCUGCAAAAGAUGAAAAACCAGAUCCCAAAAAGGCAGAAGAUAUAAAUUUAAAAUUAAAAAUGUUGACAGGUGAUUGGACAGACGAUGAAAUUGAUGAAGAAGAGGAAGAAAAUAUUGCCGAGCAACUUGAACAACAUAAAGAAAAGACACAAGAACAUGAAGAAUCAGUAAUACCACCUGUUGAAGAUGAAGCUGAAAAAGUGAAAUCGGACAAUGUGGAAAAUAAGAGCCAAGAUGAAGCUACCGAUGAGUUCAUAAAUGAAACCGAAGUAGAAGCCGAUUCUUCAUUGAUAGCAGAAGAUGAAAUAACACAAUCAUCACACUCUGAACAAGUGCAGGAAGAAGAUGAAGCCACAAAAGAAGAAGUUCAGGUUGAAAAAUCAGAAACAACUGCCGAAGAAAAGUCUGAGGAUGUCAUUUCAGAACCAGAAUCAGCUGCACCCACAGAUGUUGAAAAAAAUAAAGAAGUUGUUGUCUCAUCGGUGGAAGGAGGAAGAACGUCUCGGCGAACAUCAUCAGCCAAAGAGAAGGAUCUGCAAAAAAGUCAAUCAACAGAUGAUUUGUCAGACUCCAAGACUCAAUCGACAAAAAAAGACAAUGAUGAUGUACAAGAUGAAGAAACUGAAACAGAAACAGAUAAACCUCCCAAAUCAAAAACUCCUGACGAAGACAAAGAUGGAGUCAAAACAUUAUCAAAAUCAAUAGAAGAAGACUCAUCGAAAACACCAGACAAAGUAAAGAGUCUACUGAAUGAAUGGGCCGAUGAAGAGGACGAUUUGUAGAUAAUAAUUUCGAGCACGUUUUGAAUAUAAAACUUUAAAAAUUGGAAAUUUAUUUUGCUUGAUAAGAUUGCAAUUAUAAAUAUGCCAAUAAGAAGAAACACGAAUAUUUGUGUUCUUGUUAUUAAGAUUAAGUAUUGAUAUUUUCUUUUUUGUCAUAUCUCAGAUGUUGCAUUGGAACAUAUUUUAAAAUAAAAUCAAAAAUUCAAUUUUAUCAUGUAUGUAAAAUAUUUGUUAGAAGACUGUGCGCAUUAUGAAGAAACUUCAUAAUACGGUCGCUAUUUCAAACAUUUAGAAAUAUAGUUUUAUUUUUUUUUCUCUAUGAGUUUAUCAUAAAUAUUCAUUAUUGUAUUGCUUAUAAUUUUAAAAACUUAACUAACAUUAAAUUGCUUGAACAUUUAUACGUGUAUGUAUAUGAUUUAAAACAAAAUAAUAACUUUAAGUUUAUAGAUAUCCAGAUUGUUAGAAAAUCGAAAAAAACAAAUAAACACGAAAAUAAACAAAAAAUAUCACUGAA